AUGCAGCUCUACCGCGAUACGCAAGGUUACCAGCGCCCUGCGAAACAAAGCAAAAUCGCGUCGCAGAGGCAGUAUCGAGUCAAAGAGGGUGACGGCUUCCAGGAACUCCGCGAAGUUAUUCGCUCAGUGACAGGGGAAGCUCCCCAGACCAGGCGCGAAACCUUGAAGAAAGCUGCAGAACUGUUGCGGCAGUUGUCUAGAGAAAACGAGGCAACUUCCAGGCAUGAGCCACUCCCACCCUUAGAAACAUCGCCCUAUGAAGUUGACCAGGGAUCUAACACAUCUUAUGAACCUCUUGUGAUCCCCAACAACGAGGCAUGGACAAACGCUAUUUCACCAUGGACAAGAAACAGUAGCCCGAUGUCAGACACAUCGGCGACGAGCUCGAUGCUAGAGUAUCAUGGUCAAUCUCAGGCAGAGAUCCACUAUGUUGUCGGUCGUGGGGGCGAUUGGAAUUUGGUUCAACCAACCCCUUCGCAAUUUCGACAGUCCUCGUUCUCCGCGCAUUGGAACGACCUGUCGCACGUUCACUCCAAUAUUGAUCAAGUUCCAUACUACGUAGAAAGGGUGGGAGUAAAUUAG